AUGCUCAUCACAUCCAAUAUCUAUCAGGCUGUAAACUCUCAAUUCUUCGGUGCUCACACAUUUCAGGUCAAGAUCGCUAGAGACUGGAAGUCAUUGCCAGAUGAUCGCAAAAUCUGGCUCCGUGACGAACUGUUUCGCUGGCUGAUUCACUUCUCCAACGGCCCAUCGGUAGUCACAACAAAAUUAUCAACUGCGCUUGCAGCAUAUACAAUCAACGCCAUACCAAAUGUAUGGACCAAUUGUAUAGCGGAGCUGUUUCAAUAUCUUCAGUCAGGGGCAAUGGCACUCGGGAGACAAGAUCUAGCCGUAGAGUUGCCGUUGUUAGAAUAUUUGACUGUGAUAAGUGUGCAUAAGGAAUUAAAAGACGCAAUUCCAUUGGUAAUGUCGACGUUGCAAUCAUUUCUGGCCCAAAAUGAUCAGUCGCAGCGAGGCAUUCUGUUAAAACAAAAAAGCCUUAGGUGUUUGGAAAGCUGGAUAGCGUACAACGUGCCAUUUGAAUCGCUCCUGCCAUUGAUAAAUCACGUUAUCGAAUUAUUUCCUUGUGAAGAGACACACGAAUCAGCGACGGAAGUGUUAAUUCAGUUCUUAGACCAGCCGUCAGUAACCUCAAUUCAAGACACUGUUUGUGAUUUAAUAAUGAGAUGUUUUGCCAGUGAAUGGACAAAAUCAAGAAUUGCAAAAGCCUUUAACGAAUCCGAUGAACACGCGGUAAAGAAUCUAUGCCGUCUCAUGACGGUGUUCGGUGAUACUUUUACCAAUUACAUUGCCAAACACUUUAUUCGCCCAGACAUCAUGAUAUAUUUGGAAAUGAUGCUUACAUUCACUGGCUUUCCCGAGGCUAUUUAUGAUCCAUACGUGAUACCUAUUCAAUCCAAUUCACCGGAGGACAACGAUAAUAACGUUCUUGAGUUUGGUAACGCUGCAUUAUCCUCUCAACAAUCGGCUGAAGAGGCCCGGCAUAUUAGAGACGCAGCAAUUAUACUGUUUAAAAGAUUAAUUGAAAUAUUGAGAGUAAAACUGCAACUGCCACCAGAAGAUGAAUGGAAUGAAUGGCAUGAAGAGACAAAGCAGAAGUUCAGAUCAUAUCGCCGAGACAUUGGAGACAUUAUCUUGAGUGCAUAUGUCAUUCUGCACGAAGAGCUUCUUGCUUACCUUAUAGAUCUUAUCGCAAAGCAAUUAAACACUCCCAACAGCAAUGACAUUCAUUACGAGGACGCAGAAUCAACGCUGUAUUGUAUUAAAGCUAUUUCAGAGUCAAUGAGUAGCUCAGAAAAUACUUAUCUACCAAGGCUCUUUGGCGCUGAAAUAUAUGGAAGGUUACCAUCGCAUGGGCAGACAAGAUUGAGAAAUACUGCUUUAGUAUUAAUCGGAUCCUACGCUGAGUGGUUGAACGAAAACCCAGAUUUCCUGCUUCCAGCUAUUAAUUACAUCAUGGCUAGUUUAAAUGAACCUGGACUCUCAUUCAGUGCCGCCACGGCAUUCAAAGAUGUCUGCGAGCUAUGUCGUAAUCACUUAGUAAAUGUAGUAGAAAACAUGGUAAACGCGUAUUUAUCGCUUGGAUCUCAUGUUCAGCCAUUACAAAGACAAAAGAUUAUUGAAUCAAUAGCGGACGUCUUACAGAAUUUGCCACUGGAGAAGAUGGUGAAACCUAUCUUGGUAUUAACAGGGCAUAUCAUAGAAAAGAGCAAAGAAUUCAUCUCACACAGUGUACAGGAACCAUCUAUAUUCCGAGACUCCAUAAUGAUUCAACUCGGUUAUCUCACGUCAUGUGCACGGGGUAUACAAGCUAGAGACGACGAACCAAUUCUUGUGGAUGCUGACAAGGACAAUUUACGAAUACAGGCUGUGUUCGCAUCAACGACUGUUACAUCCUUCACAUCUACCAUAACCGACAUUGUUGGAAGGAUUGCUAACAUUUGGUAUCAAGAUCAGGACGUUAUGGAGUCAGUUUGUAAAUUUAUAAAUGCCGGAAUACGGUAUCCACCCCACCUUCUUUCACUUCCACUUGACUUCAUCGUUCAUUUAAUCCAAAACUUUUAUUCUCGACAACAACACCCAUGUUUGAUGGACACUGCUGCACAACUAUUGACAGUCUAUGGGUCGAGGAAUGAAUAUAAAGGUGUGUUCGAAGAUAUACUUGAAACGUUUACUGUCAGCACUCUGAUAGUUAUUAAUCAGAAUGACAUAGAGGAUUGUCCAGAUGUGGUUAAUUCGUAUUUUGAGCUACUUUCAAAGUUCAUAAUGAAGUGUCCGGUAUCAUUUUACUCUAUUCCGUCGGAUAUGUUCAAGAGCAUAAUCAUGUUCUCUAUAGCUAGUCUUCGCACCAAUGAGCGAUUGGCGUUGAAAGCGGCUAUUAACUUUAUGAAAGAAUUCCUAGGUCAAAGUUACCAUGAUGAUCAAUUAAAUGCAGCAAGUGAAAAAGUAAUCAUGACUUAUGGAUUGGAGAUAAUGACGGAAUUAUUAGCAGGAAUAGGUGGGAAGACGCCAAGGUCUUAUGUACCAUCGGUGGCAGAUGUGCUCUAUAAAAUGACUAGUCGACAUGUUGAGGCUAGUAGUAAUUGGUUGAGAGUGUUACUUUCUCAGGACAACUUCCCUUCGCCCAAUGUCAAGCAGGACGCAAAAGAUUUGUUUGCAAAAAGUAUUCUUGGGACGCGUAAUAUACGCAGAUACAAGGAUUUGGUUAAUGAGUUCUCGCUAAAAUGUCGAGGUUUGGAGAAUACAGCAUAUGGACGCGUAUGA